AUGGAUGCUGCUAUAAAAUCAGCAAAAAAUAAUGAAGACAAAGAAAAAUUCACCCAAGAGCAUACCACUCAUUUAAAUUAUCACGAAGAAGUCAGAAACAAAAUGAACGAUGACAUCCAAAGAGUUAGGAGAGAUGAAACUCUAGAAGUACUUACCUUUGACAUGGAGAAAACUCUCCGAUUGCCGAGGAUUCCAACUAAUGUCAUAUUUUAUAAAAGGCAAAUUUGCUUAUACAAUACAGGAAUUCACUCUUGCAAAUAUAAUAAAGCUUUUUGCUACAUAUGGGUAGAAGGAAGUGCUGGACGUGGAGCUCAAGAAGUGGGCUCUUGUUUGCUAAAGCAUAUUGAAUUGCAUGUUCCUGAAACUGUGAAAAUCCUAAUACUCUGGUCAGACUCCUGCAGUGGGCAAAACAGGAACAUAAAAAUAAUUUUAUUAUUAAAAGCUGCUCUUGAAAACCACCAGUCAUUUUUGACCUUUUCUUACAACAGAAGCUUGAAAACUAUUUUCACAGGCUUCCUGUUCAGUAUUAUGUUCUUUAAAUAA